CUCAUUUAUGACUCGUUUAUUAUUUUAUCCAGAUGUCUAAUAAAGCCGUAAAACGUCCAGGAGUCGGGGUCGGAGUGUUGGUGACAGACUCAGCCCACCCAGGCUGUGUUCUCCUCGGGAGAAGGAGAAGUGAAAUGGGCAAAGGGACCUACCAGCUCCCCGGUGGCCACUUGGAGUUUGGGGAGACGUGGGAGGACUGCGCUCACAGAGAGGUGUUGGAGGAAGCAGGGGUUCAUUUGGUGGACGUGGGCUUUGCGUCGGUGGUGAACUCGGUCAGACUGGAGGAGCAGUACCACUACGUCACCAUAAUCAUGCAAGGGAAACUCGACAGGGAGCAGUCAGGGGAGCCGGAGAACCUGGAGCCUGAGAAGAACGAGGGUUGGAUGUGGACGCAGUGGGACCAGUUUCCCCCUGAGGAGCAGCUCUUCUUGCCGCUUGCCGGUCUGAGACAACAAGGCUUCCAUCCGUUCAGGAACACAGUAACAAACACUGAAACUGAGCUGUGAAACUGGCUGUUACAGCAGGAAACCUUUCUCGUUCCCCAAAGGAUAAAUCCAACACACGCUUUAAAACUCUUCUUUCAUCUGUUAUGGUACAUACUGUAAUAAUUUCCGAUGUUAUGCAUUUUUACUUUCUAUUCAGGACACACAGAUGGGUUGGGUUGUUCUUACUCUUGGUAUUUAAAUUAAAAACAAACAUAAAAAA